CCAGGCGAGCACAAAGGUUUCUUAUGGUGCGUCAAUCAUGGUCAUGCGACUCUUCACGGCCUCAAUGCCAUCACGAAAGAGUUGAUGCUCAAUAAUUGUGGCUCGGGGCGUCUAUAUUUGGGCCGCUUUGACUUUGACAAGAAAGCCAGAUUGUUUACUGUUUGAUGUGUUGUAGUCCAGUCGGUGUGUUUUGUUCGUGUGACUGUUUCCUGACCAAAGCAAUUUCGGGUGCUGUUCACUGAACCUCUGCUCUGCGAUAGCAGCCUCUCGAAGGAGUUUUCCGUAUGUUCUGCUGACUAUUUCGUGAAGAGAUCUGCACCGUGUUGUUAUUCUAGCCAUAUCUACAAGAUUAGUGCUCGUCAGAUGAGUUAUUGAAAAGUAAAGCUCUUUCAUGGGAUUUGGAAUGGCAGGAGAAGAUCUCAGGUAGAGCACGGAGUAUGGCUCGAGUCCUACAGAAAAUCUUAGCUGUUGCUGAUGUGGAUGUUUUGCCGUCGGAGAGAAAGUCAAAGAUCAGCGGCUACCUGACCAAUUUCAGUGAUUUGCUCCUCGAUCAGGAUUACCAUGGUUGUCUUCGUCAUGUUAGUGCUAUAAUAACUGAGCUCGAACCUCAGUAUGCUAACCAAUCUGGGCCCAGUACGUUGGUGGACGUGUUGCUGGCUCGAUCUGCGCUGAACUUCAAGCUGGGCCACUUUGACGACUGUUUCAGCGAUGCUCAGAAAGCUUUGCGUCGUGAUCGCGUAUCACUUGUGGCCUUUCAUCUCUCUUUCCUGGCACUGCGUGAGCUGGGUGAGCUGGUCAAGGCCCUGGCCUACUUGUGCAAAUGUUACUCCUUAGCCAGCCUACAGCAAAGGGGGUCCGGUGCUGCUCGCGGAGGAGACCAGGCGCAGGAGAACAAUCAGUACGAAGGGUCCAAGAACGAGAGCGGCCGCCUGUCUGCGCAUGGCGACACGCUGGAUAUCAUCUCGCAGGCGAAUCUCACCGACUCCAAGAAUCUGCGCAUGGACACGCUGCGCACAGAGCUGUUUCACUUCGCCCUGCGCACCAUCCAGCACGUCCCGGACGCUUUGGAUGCGGCCAGUUCUGCUGUUGCUCCCACGGAUCUACCUGGCGUGCUCACUGGCAUCGCUCGCCAGCUAACAUCGAAAGGCCAGCACGAGCUCAGCAGCUAUUGCCUGGAGGCUGUCAUCGUCCUGUGCAAGAAGGCGUCGAGCGAUGUCAAGCCAACGCUGCUCUGCGCGCUGGAGAGCCUGGCGCAGGUGUACGCCACGCUGAACCUGCACGAGCGCGCACUGGCAAUGCUGGCACGGCACCAGACGCUGGCCACAGAGAUGGAGAACUGGGCGGCCGUCGCGGUUGCCUCAGCGCUGCAGGCCAAGGCACAUAGAGCCAUGGGUAAUCUCCAGCAGUGCGAGCAGUGUCUGCAUGAUCGACUGGACGUACUGCGCACGUACGACCAUUCCAAUCGCCAGUCCCAGCUUGACCUACUCGAGACUGAGCUACAAGUGGCGGAUGUGUGCCGCAGGCAGCUACGUCUGCAUGCUGCGUUAGGUCAUGGUGAGGCUGCUUUGGCGCUAUCUCGACAAGUGGCAGAUCGACCAUCCCUGAUAAAAUGCCACGAGGGUCUUGGUAGGUUACGCAUGCUUUUAGGCCUUUAUCCUGAAGCCGUAUUCCACUUCAAGACGUCACUGACCGUAGCGCGCAAAGCACAGAAUAUCGUCGGCCAAAGCUGGGCGUUGUUGGGCCUGGCUGAGGUGUAUGCGGGCCUGCAGCGCUAUCCGAUGGUGCUGGAUUCUUGCAAGCUGCUGCUCGCACUGCCCGCAGUGACGCCCACCUGCGAUGAUGUGAGCGAGAGUAGUCUCAUCAGUCUGGACGAUGUGGUACGACAUGAUUGCAGAUGUAGAGCGCUGCUGGUUCUUGGCACUGCUCAUCAGAACCUGAAACAGCUGGACAAGGCUGCUGCUCUGAUUGAGGAAGCGCGUCUCGAGGCGGAUCUGAUGAAGGACCCGAGUAUGUUGGGACACGUCAACUGCGCCGCUGGUUCCGUUGCCACGGACACUGGUACGUUCAUGACGGCGUAUCGGCAUCUGACAGCGGCAAUGGACCUGGCAAAGUCCACAGAAGAUCCAGUCCUGCAGAUGCAAUGCCACUAUCAUCUAGGCGUGGCCGCCACUCGCGGAAAACUGAAACAGCAGCCGACUGCGGUGGAGCACUUCUAUUCGGCCAUCAACCUCUUCUCGGAGCUGCGCGAGCGCUACGGAUCCUUCUCCCCGGAUGGCAGUAAGAUCGUUGAUCUGCCUCUGGACUGCUAUGAGUGUCUGCAAGAGGUGCUGGUAAACCGCGGCGAUAUCAAGGAGGCGUUUCUUGUCGCCGAGCACACGCAGCAGAGGAUGUACCUGGACAUGGUCGGCGUUCACCAGGACUUGGAAGACCUGCAGCCCAUUCGCUCUCUACCGCUGAAGAUGCCCACGCUGAACAGUAUUUCGCGCAGUGUGUCGGCGUCCGGCAGCGGCGUCAUUCUCUAUUCCCUGGUGCACGAUUCUCUGUACAUGUGGCUGUGCCUGCCCCCGCGCGGUCUUGCCGCCGGCGUGUUUGCAUUCCACAAGUGGCCGCCGAAAGCCGUCCACUAUCUCAUACCUUUCCUGCGGCAGAACUACUUUCUGCUGUCGCGCUUGCCGUCCAACAUUCGCGACGCCAAUCGGAUGUGCGAGGCAAGAAGCUGUUGCCUGGUCGGUGGAGAGGCGAUGAUGUAUCGCAGCGAAGCAUCCGGCCAGAUGUCUGAAUCGCAAGGUGAUCCACCACCGUACUGUCCGUACGGUAGCAUUGCCCAACGCCAGCAGCUCUCCUACCCGUGGGUCGGUGAUGAUGAUCUAAUCCACCCGGGACGAUCGAGCUACCUGUCAGCACCUGCGCCUCUAGACGACAACAGUGUCAUUGGCACGGAAUCGCGAGCAUCCAUGCGUGAUCUCUAUGACAUCCUGGCUAUGCCCUUUGAGCGGUAUCUGUUUGGCUACGGCAGUCUUCCAGUCAAAGACCUGGUCAUUGUUGCGCAGAACAGCAUCCUGCUGUGUCCAUUCUCGGCUCUGGUGACCAGCAGGCGUGUGGUGGUGUGCGACUUCUACCAGUUCCGCUUGCAGCCAUGCCUCCUGCCUCCCGUCGUCCACUCGGUCAAGACCUGUGAGCAGUGUAUAGCCAGCAAUGCCGAGCAAAAGGGGGUCGUUGCACUGCUCUGCGGUAAUCCGACCGUGCCCACGGUGAAAUUCUAUGGGCAGACCUGGCGGCCACUACCUCUGCCGUACGCCGAGCGUGAAGUUCGUAGCGUUGGCCUGCUGCUAGGCCCGGCUGUGCAUCCUCUACUUGGCGUAGCGGCCAGACGACACACUCUGUUGUCGGCCAUGCCCCAGGCCACGCUCAUCCACUUGGCCGUGCACCUGUCCUGGGAGCUGUCCUCGUUUGUCGUGGCACCGGCCGCUGGUGUCACCUCGCCCACGGAGAAGGACGUGCUCAUCACGGCCAGCGACAUUUCGCGUCUGCAUCUGCAGGCCGACCUGGUCAUCCUGAGCGGUGGCAGUGCCUACUGCCAUUCCACUCGGCCUGGCGCCGGCUUGCCGCAGCCCAACCAGCACAACCUGCCGUCGCACGUCUCCAUGAUGACGCUGGCGAGAGCGUUUCUCACGGCCGGUGCGCGCUGUGUGCUCGUCUCGCUGUGGAGCAUCCCGGACCGGGCCACGGACGAGUUCAUGUUCCUGUUCUACGAGAACAUCAAGCGUGGCGUGUGUGUUGGCCUAGCACUGCGCGAGACUAUGGAGGCAGUACGCACCCGGCGUGGCUUUACGGAGCCCGUUCAUUGGGCAUCUUUUGUUCACUUUGGUAAGGAUAUCACGCUGGAUUUCUCCACCAUUGAAGGCGUGCCGCUUCCAUCGUCGGCACUCGCUGCUAGUCAGUCACGGACAAGUAUUGGCGUUGCCUCUACUGCUGGUAGUGCCUCAGCUACCGCUUUUAGUGGUGCCGCUGAAUCCACGGUGUCUGAGAGGGCUGCGUCUUCCAGAGCAUCGUUAGCCGACAGCCAUUCGGUGCAGUUCAGUACGGGGACGGCUGGUUCUGCCGGCCCUGAGCGAAAACAGUCUACGACAUCGUCCACGCUGGUGGAGGUGGACAACAUGUCUGUAUCGUCCAUUGCCACACCGGGCGGACGGCUUGUUCUCCGUCGUUCAGGAUCAUCCUUUGCGCAUCGGCGCGUGUUUGAGAGCGUGAAGUGCUUCACUGAGGCGGUGUCGUCCGUGGUGUCCGCUACGCAUUCAGACGACGAGGCCAAGGCAGCCGUUGACAAGGUUCUGAAAGAUCUGUCUUCGGUGAUCAAACACUCAGCCAAUGUACUGGCACAGUUGCCCAGUGGUCCCAAUAGUCCGGGUGCAAGCAAUGUGCCCACACGCUCUACGCCAGCUUUGGCAGACAGUGGCUAUGGCAGUGCUGAGACUUUGGCAUCGUCCAAUGGCAAAGUCCAUGGUCUUCUCGUCAGUCUGGGCUUUGUGUCCAACCAUAAUUCCGAAGCAGACGACUACAAUCUUCACUUCUCCGACUCCCAGUACUUUUCACCAAUGCACGCCGCUGUCAUUUUGUGUCUUGAGGCGCUGGAAGCAUUCCUCUCGGUCGCUCCCAGCUCGGUGGCAAAGCUGCUUGUUCAAGCACUGCCCGUGGACGCAAAGGCAGCGCGAGGACUCCUGCAAGUGAUUAAGAACCCAACUGAGCGACCGUGCGUAACGGCAGGCAGCUUGUGUGGAAUAUGGAACAAGCCACAGUGUCAGUCCCUACUGGAAAGUCUGGGUUUUCAUGAGACGACCAGUACCGAUGUCGACGCCAGUGCUGCUACUGCUUCAGCGAUUCCGGAAUCGGUGGACACCGUGCGUGUCCUGGCUCUAGACGCGGGCACUGGUGACAAAGCUGUGCUUUCAUCUCUGAGCCAUUUCCUCAGCUUACUGUCAGGAGACAUCAGUAUUGCAAUGAGUUCACUGCAGCUGGGUGCGUUGUCCCGGAGCGCCUGGGUGGAUGACGGACCGUCCGAUGGCUCGGCGUCCUCCAGUACAACUCCUGCAGCCGGCAGCGACGAUGCGGAUCUUUUAGGCGACGCGCUGCCGACACCCGGCGCAACAAGCACACCAGGCACACCAGUAGCUGCAACGGCAGCAACAGCUACCUCACCCAACGCUAUUGACCUUAACUGGGAGUCCUUACUGGACAGCAGUCCUAUGCCGUCGCGUGUAGCAUCAAGCUUGUCAAGCCCGCUGAUCAGUAUACCCAUGGCGUCCGGUGUUGCCUCGUCACGCUCCGACUCUGCCAUCAUCUCAGCUGGCCAGCAGGAGACAUCGUCCAAUGGUAGUGGUAGCAAUGUGUUUGAUGUGAACGCUCUGCUGAUGGAGUUGGGCAUCAAUUUGCCUGCGGGUGCCGAUAGUUCGUCGGCAGGUUCCGACUCUGGUACACAGUCGGUUUGCUCUGGUCCGACUUCCUUGGCAGCGGUGUCCUUUGCUUCGGACGGCGCAGCUGCGAACUCCUGCGCCUCAGACCCGCUGGGCCCUCUGGAUGCUGCAAGUGCUGCUCGCUCUGGCACCAAUCCAAUCCAUAUGCUGCCCAGCGCUCGUCAAUCAGCUUGUGUUGAGCAGGCAUGUCAGUCACUGUCCAGUGCCUCCCUGUCCGGUAGCGAAAAUGCUACUCACCGAGACGCAUCCGACCUGUCUUCUCUGCUUUCCCGCUCAGCACCACUCGCCAUCCCUGACUCAUCGGCGGACGCGGCAGAUUCAGGCCAUUUCUCAGCGUCGGCUGAUCCAGAGCAUGAACCACUACAACGAGAAGGCCACUCAGCUAGUCCUCGCCAAGACAGUGGAUCAUCAGGCAACCGCUCUUGGAAAUCGCUGUCACGGAUGAUGUCGCUGGAUAAUGGUUCGCUUGAUUCACCCGGUAGUCCACUCCAAGCCAGAUGUGACCAUUGUCAAACAAAAUUCGGCCUUCUCCGCUGGCGCCACAUAUGCUCGUUCUGUGCACGGGAGUUGUGCCAUUCCUGCUUUGAUACCGACCCGGCCACUGGCAGGAAGGACUCGUCAGCAAGCGGUCGCGAUACCAGCCUCUGCGUGAUGUGUUGGCUGGCCACAGGUACAGGACAUCAGUAGAUCAUGUACAUCUGCUGUUGAUCCACUCCAGCUGCCUACUCAGCUAAGCAUGCAUGCUAGCUCUCAAGUGGCUGUGGCUCAUGCUAGCUCUCAAGUGGCUGUGGCUCAUGCUAGCUCUCAAGUGGCUGUGGCUGCUGUCUUUCACUACAGUGAUUGUGAGCUGGGUUGUUUUUGCCAGCGCACUGUGCAACUUUUGAGUAUUGUACACUUUAAAACAAGUUUUGUCGUAUCCCGUAUGCUGUUGCUCUCGACUCUGCGCCGUUUUGCAAGGUUUCUUUGUCAUUCUUGCGAAAGUGCAGGUGUAUAAAAAGUCUGCUGUCCUCCGGCAGGGCAUCAUAGCGUCUCCGUAUGUUUUAUCAUGUGAUUUCGAGCAUGGGUCUGUUUAAUAAUACUAUGAGAGUAUGAGUAUUUGUAAAUUUCUAGUUUUUGGCCCGCAUUGACAUCCACUUUUCGACAAUUUGGUUACGUUACUGAUAAAUCAAGCUAACUAUGAUUUUUUAAUGACUUAAUUUAUUUUUUGGAGAGAUUUUUUGAAACUAACAGAGAGCACAUAAUUAUUACUUUGCUGCUAUUGUUCUUGCUGCUGCUGCUGCUGCUGCUGCAUGUGCUGUUUUCUUGGUCCAGUUCUAUAAUAUUUUAAGCGUGCCUCUGUAUGCGUUUGUCUAUUCCAGUCCCAGGCCAGUGUGCUGUUUGUUCUUUGAAGGAGAGUUGCUAUUUCUUUUUCUUCCUUUCUUUUUUAACAUUAACCCCAACCCCAUGUGUACAGUUGUCGUGUCUGUAUGGUGUGAAACCGAAUGGAUUCUGUUUUGUCCAAGUGUACAUUGUAGAGUUUAAUACCUAAUCUCUUUGACUCAUUUUGCCCGGUAUGCGAUGGCAGCAUCUGUUUCUUUUUUUUGGUCCGGCAUUAGCGAUCUGUUUGUUGCUGUCUGUUUCUACACCCCGCUCCACACCCUGCAACUGUUCUAUCUGGUGCAUGUGUGACUUUGUUCUUGUCCUGCCUUUUUGAAUGCGUGGCCUGCAAUCUCAGUGUAGCCUCACCCCUCUGCCCCACACUAGUGUUACAGGAAAGUGGGCCAGUCUUCUUAGUCCUUACUGUCACGACCCAUCUCUCUCUCUCUCUCUCUCUCUCUCUCUCUCUCUCUCUCUCUCUCUCUCUCUCUCUCAUCGCCGAUCAUUUGCACGAGCAAUACAUCAUUAUAGACUACUGCUAUCUUUUUUUUCUGAUUUAUGCGCCAAAACACUAGUUUGUCGUGUUCCUGUUUGGCAGUCCUUCAGCACAGAUCUACAUUGUGUUUCCUUCGUUUGCUACACCGUGUCCUUGUCCUUGUCUGCUGUCUCUGAUUUUUGGAAAUUUUAUUUACAAUUUUAUUGAUUCCAUGUUCAUGAUUUGAGAACUGAAAAAAACUACAUUGAUGUGAAGAAUGUGGCGA